GAUACAACCAUACCCCUCCGGAGCAUGGGGAACUAUGCCAGCCAAGUUGUGUGUGCUGGGAAGAGGAUAUUUCGCUACCCAGAACGGUGAGUAUUAUUGCAGUGCAUUUUCCUAUCAAACACCCAUUAUAUUAAUGAUAUUAUACAGAUAUUUUUUGUUUGUUUUAGUUGUAAGAUAGCUACUUAGCACUGUCGAUGACUGCCCUGCGUACUGUGUCAAACUCUUCAAGUUGCGUAACGGUUUAUGCCUGGCUGGAGCGAUAAAGAAAUAUAUCAUGGGUACUACAAAGUUGACUAGUUGGGUUGAGGUUUGUAUGGUAAGAUACCUUUUCUUCACUCAAUUAAUAAAUGGACAUUUUAUAUUUAGUGUUGGGUUACUAAAAUAAACACACACAAUUCCUUGCUGUUAUAUCUUGUGAAACAUUCGCGCUUCGUGUCAGCACUUUGUUUAUUUCACACAGACAUUUGCACAAGCCUAGCUGAUAGCAAAUCAGCUGAAAUGACAACUAGUAGGCCUAACCUUCACAGACCAUUGACCAAAAAACAUUACUUCAUGCAUUUUUUUGUUAUCACCUUGGCUAGCACAUGUAAUUGUAUGCUAUGUUGUGACUGGCAGCCACAUCCUGUUAAUGUUAAAUCCAUUGCUUACCCUUCAAGAUUGGUUGGUGUUCCCGUUGAGGUUAAAAUCUAUAGCAAGGCUGGUUGAACACAGAAUUAGACCAUUCGAUUGCUAAUUAACUACAAUUAUCGACCCCCCCCCCCCCCCACAACCCCCUCCCCCCCCUCCCCCCACAACCCCCUCCCCCCCUCCCCCCCUCCCUCCCUCCCUCCCUCCCUCCCCCCUCCCUCCCCCCUCCCUCCACCAUUCCCUCUCUAACAUCAGCCAUGUAAUUACCCAGAAACACCCUGUCUGCUUAGUUUUGGCCUACCUGGGAAGACCCUUGAGGUUUUGUCUGUUUGAAGCUUCUGUGUGUUUACAUAUGAGUCGGCACAUUGCCAAGCUCUUAGCCCCUGGUUUGAUAAUGAUUCCCACCUACCCCAUGGCUGAGUGGAGUUGUUGCUUUGGUUACACAUUUCCCUUAAGUUGCACUAAUGUGGGCAAAGGUUCCAUGAUUACCAUUAUAUUGACUUAGUGGGACAGGAUGUUUUGUAUGUGUGCCUCUCAUUGGCUUUGGUGGGGUUUUAGAACAAAAGACCCAGAGUAGGCCUGAAUUCGCCCUGCAUCGACUCCAAAAUCUACCUGCUUACAUACAUAUUAGGUCUGUGUUUGAACCAAACAAACAUUUUGGUAUUGCUGCAGGGCAAACUCCUAUAGUGAUUGUAGAGAUAGUGAAUAUAUUCUCUUCUUUACGUUUUCUUUUUUAUUUCAAACAAUGGGUGAGUGGUUUAUUUAUAGAGGGGGUCAGCAGCAAGUAAACUCUCUCCCUCCCUCCCCCUCUGUGAUUUUAGAUCUGAAGAACUGCUAGGGUGAACUUUGACUUGAGACGUUUGAUCUAAAAGCCGGUUAUCUUUCUUUUCAUUCAGGCAGGUAAACAGAUGAAAAGAGUGGGGGAAGAGAGCAACGUCUACUGAAGAAAUAACCAAGACAAAUUUCCUCAGCAGUCUGCAAGGCCAUGCCUCAUACAAGUCUCUGCAUAUAGAAGGAAGAACUGUGUGUUGUGACUGUGGUGUAUCAAUCAGGGGACUCCUGCUUUACUUUAAAGACACUUUCACCAAUUUAAGGGAUUCCUUACAACCCAUUUCACUGGGGGACUGUUGAACAAUAACCACAAUGUACCAAGUGGUACCAGGAGGUGCAGGGGGCACAGUUACCAACGCUACACCCAUCAAACAGAAACUGAAAAGGGACGCUCGGCCCUUAGUUGUAGCAAGUGUCUUAGGCUUGGUGCUGGUGAUUGCUGCGGUAACCGCAUGGUGCUAUUACAUUGGUUCUCUGCGCAAGGCUGAACUGCUCAAGACAGAACUUCUGGACCUCAACAAGGAUGGCUACAUCAUUCGCAACCAGGCAGGGGCUAUUGUCUUCAGGAUGUCUUUCAGGUUUGUAAUUUGCUUCAGAAUAGGACAGCAUAAAUCAGUAUUCAUUAACCAACAGUUACUAUUACUCAUUGUGGAAAGUGUGUUAGCUGUGAUUGAGAAUUUAUUCUAGUAUAUACCCGUAUCCAAUUCAGAAACAUUCAUCUACUGGGGAAUAGAAAGCAGGCUUGCCCCCUAAUCUGGUACAGUACCCCUUUAAAAAGAAUCAAACUAGUCAUGAUUUGAUCUGAAAAACAAUUAUAAGCUUAAUCAAGUAAUUACAUUUUAAAGUGCCAAAUGUAAUCAUAAAUCAACUGCUCUAACAUGAAUAUAGCCUGAGACUUGAAUGCAAAGAAAUGUGAUGUAACUGAUCAUUCUUCUCUAAAUGUUGAAUGACAGGUCUGGCACCCUGGACUUAGACUCAUGUUCUAAGGAGGGGGAGAUACUGAGCUGUGGGCGCACCAGUGAUCGGAAACUCAAGUUUUUCAUCCAGACAGUAUUCGACAAUACAGUCCAAUGCUACCGUGUGCGUUGGGAAGAAUUGGUUCCCAGCCUGCCCGUGGAGCACGCCAUGACCUACAACGUCUCGCACUGGUAUGGUGGAGCCGAGACUGCCAUACAGCAUUGGCCUAUCGCCAUCUCCGGGCAGCAGGCACCCAAACCCUUUGUCACCAGUGAUAUCUACUCCAAUCGAAACGGCUUUGGGGGCAUCUUGGAACGUUACUGGCUCUCAUCCAAUGCCACGGCCAUUAAGAUCAACGACUCUGUGCCCUUUCAUCUGGGCUGGAACGACACAGAGAAGACCAUGUACUUCCAGGCAAGGUACCAUGACACCCCCUACAAGCCAAAUCCUGGUGAGGCACCUUGUGCUGAACUCAGCUACAGAGUCUGUGUGGGCUUGGACGUCACAUCCAUUCAUAAGUACAUGGUGCGCAGAUACUUCAACAAGCCCAACAAGGUGCCUUCCAAAGCCAUGUUCCGCCAUCCGAUCUGGUCCACGUGGGCACUACACAAGACUGACAUAGACCAAGAUAAACUUUUGAAGUUUGCAGCCAACAUCCGCAAGCAUGGCUUCAACUGUAGCCACCUGGAGCUGGACGAUCGCUACACAAACCGCUAUGGGGAAUUUGAUUUCGACUUGGCCAAGUUUCCCAACGCUACGGCCAUGUUCCAGAAGCUCAAAGCAGACGGUUUUCUGGUCUCUCUCUGGACACACCCUUUUGUCAACUAUGACUCUGAGAAUUUUCACACCUGUGUGGAAAGAGGGCUUUUUGUCCGAGAACCUACAGGUCGUCUUCCGGCAUUGGUAAGCUGGUGGAACGGCAUCGGGGGCAUUCUAGACUUUACCAACCCAGAGGCCCGUGAUUGGUUCGCCUCACACCUGCGGUCCUUACGAUCCAAGUACGGGGUGUCCUCCUUCAAGCUGGACGCAGGCGAGACAAACUACCUGCCCUGGCAAUUCAGCACAAAGACACCCCUUCGCGACCCUAGCACGUUUACCCGUCGCUACACCGAGAUGGCUAUUCCUUACAAUGAGCGGGCCGAGCUGCGUUCAGGCUACCAGUCCCAGAACAUCUCCUGCUUCUUCAGGCCCAUUGACCGGGACUCUGUUUGGGGCUACGAGCUAGGCCUCAAGUCCCUUAUUCCCACCGUGCUUACCAUCAGCAUUCUCGGCUACCAGUUCAUCCUACCGGACAUGAUCGGUGGCAACGCAUAUCUGAACCGCACUGAUGGCGAGCGCACUUUACCAGACCGUGAGCUCUACAUCCGCUGGCUGGAGCUGUCUGCUUUUAUGCCCUCCAUGCAGUUCUCCAUCCCCCCCUGGGAGUACGAUAACGAGGUGGUGGAGAUCGCCCGGAAGUACACUGCUAUCCAUGAGAGCAUAGUGGCCCCACGGGUUCUGGAACUGGCUGGGGAGGUGCUGGACACGGGAGACCCCAUCAUACGGCCUCUGUGGUGGAUCGCCACUGGCGACGAGACCGCUUAUAAGAUUGACUCCCAGUUCCUGAUAGGGGAUGACCUCAUGGUGGCGCCAGUACUGGAGCCUGGAAAGCAGGAGAGGGACAUCUAUCUCCCGGCUGGACACUGGCGGAGCUACAAGGGAGAACGGUUUGAUAUUAAGGAGCCUCUGCACCUUACAGACUACCCAGUAGAUCUUGAUGAAAUUGCUUAUUUUGUCUGGGUUUAGUGAAGAAGGCUGGACAGGUUAGGGGCUGCGUGAAUUUGUUUAUAGUAUUUUUUCUGAAGUCAGGCGUCACACCAUAUUUGUGUUCUUGUAAAUUUAGAAUCACUAUUAUUGAAGAAUGAUCAAGGAGAAACCUUUCCUGCAUGCUCAAACAUGUGCCUUUGCAAUAAACCAGGAAUGUAGCAGAGAAGCUAGUGGGAAGAGCUAUAGGAGGAUGGGU